AUGCUGAGAUUAAGAUCCACUCAAUUUAAAUCUUUGGCCAAGUCACAGCAGCUUAGAUUUGCUGGUGGCGGUCCACACUUGCACGAACCGACUGGCCAUCUAUUUGCUGAGAAGCCACUCCCAAAUGGCCAGAAAAGAAAAUGGGAAAACUGGGAGCCAAUUUACUACUUUGGAUUCUAUGCAGCCAUCGCUGCAGCUGGAAUUGGUUAUUAUUACAAGCCAGAUUCAACCAUACAAACUUGGGCUUCAAACGAAGCAAAGAGUAGAAUGGAGCAGAGAGGAGAACUCCCAAAGUACACACCUUCAAACUCAAACUAA